AUGAGCACCCCAUCUCUGCCAACUCAAGCGGAGUACUUCUGCACCCGGGUCCUCCCCCUUACAGCUACAUACAAGCGCCCAGCGUCUGGAACGCAGUGCUCAAUCUGCUGCGAGGAGCUCCGCGAACAAGGCCACACUCACAGCGUUGUCAUCUUGACCGACUGUUACCACUUCUUCCAUACGGCAUGCAUCUUGCCCUGGUUCACAGGCUCAAACCAACGCCGCGGCUCAUGCCCAAACUGCCGUCGCGAGCUGUUCGUCCCGGAUCGCUUGUCUGUUCCGCCCGAUGAAGCUGACGUACUCCCAGGGGUGCUUGAAUUACAAGAGAGGGUCGAAGGAAUGGACCGAACGCUAGACCGCAUGCUGCAGCGACGCCUACGCGCCAAUGAUAGGACAGAUCGUGCUGCAGCGCAGCUCCGCCGAGAAGAUGCAGAACACCCACCGCAACAAUCCUCCGAGCCGUCGCGACUAGAGCGCAUGGUUGAGCAAGCGGACGCGGUUACUUUCGCGGGUGCUAACCAGCAGCCGCAGUCACUAUCACGGGAACCUCCCAACCCGCCGCCGUCUGGGCUACAUCGUGGCCAGCAACGCCGAGUCAUGAUGCAGGGGGUACGCAAUGGGCAGCUGGAGCCCUCCGAAUGGAAUCUACCCUACGAGCAAGCACGCGCUCUCGCAGAAUCUCGGAGAAAUCCUGGGCCCACCAGCGAACAGCGCGCUCAAGCCCGCGGUGAAACCUCCUCCAUGAACCACUGGGAGCGGGAAGCGUUCCGACAACGAAGCCGCGCGGAGCAACAGCGGCAGGUGCUUGCGGAUCGGGAACGGAGAGAGCGCCAGAUAUCCAGCAUCCAAGCUCAAGUGGCUGAACUGCGCCGCGAGACUGUCCGGAGCAACGAGGUGAAUGCAAAUACCCUAGCCAUGCUUCGAUCACGCGGCUUGGUGCACGACAAUAGUAACAGUCGACGUCUGCCCGAGGCAUCAAUGCCCCCAGUGCAGUCUUGGUCACCUGGUCCCGAGCGGCGUAACUUUAGUGGGGAAGAAAGCCGCCGACAUCUAGGUGAGAUUGAUCGUGUUCUGGAAGAGAUACGACGGCUUUAUGGCGUCUGGAGAGGAGGGUCAGCGCAUGGCUAG